AUGCAACGAAUCAAUUAAAAUGACAUGUCAAAAACAAAAAACAAAACAAGAGAGAUAUCAAGUUUUGCACUAAACCUUCUUUAGUUUUGUUAUGGCUUCCAACCAAGAACCAAAAUUUCCUUUGAGACUUUUGGUUGACAAAGAAAAAAACCGUGUAGUUGUAGCUGAAUCAAAGAGUGAUUUAAUAGACAUUUUGUUUAGUUUUCUCACACUUCCAUUAGGAACCAUCAUUAGGCUAGUUUCCAAGAAUCAACAUGAUCAUAUUCAUGAAAUUAAUGAUCAACCAGAAGAGAUACUUGGUUGCAUCAACAAUCUUUACAAGAGUGUAGAAAAUUUAAAUGAUGGUGUUUUUUGGAACAGUAUUUGCAAGACAAUGUUGCUUUGUCCGCGAAACCCUUGCGAGAUUCUAUGCAAGAAGUUGAAGUUGAAUUUAGAUGAUUCAGAGACCAUAAAGUACUUUAUGUGUGGAAAAUGUUGUAGAGGGAGUGAUUGGUUUUUGAGUACUUUUGUUGGGGCAAGUUGUUGUUCUUGUGGGAAAUUGAUGGACAAAGAAAUGAAGUUGCAUGGAGAUUUUGGUGAAGAGAGUUAUAAUUUUGAUGAUGGUGUUUUUGUUAAGAAGGGAAGUUUGUAUUUGAUUUUUGAUGAUUUGAAAGUGUUGCAAAACUCUCCUGGUAAUUCUGUUCAGCAACUCAUUCAACUUGGAUAUAAAAACUUUCACAAGUUGACACAAGUGUCCUUGAAUGUUGGAUUGAAAGAGAUUUUGGACUUGCUAAAGCAAUCAUUAAUCUCCAAGUCUCCUCUCACUGAUAUAUUUUUGGCCAAUGAAGAAUUUAAAAUGAUGUCAACAUUCUCACCAAGACAAGAACCAAAGUUUGAAAAAUGGACUAAUAUAAAACUUAAGGUAAUGGUGAGAAAAUCAAAGAAGAAGAUACUAUAUGCUGAAGCUGAGGGAGAUUUUGUUGAUUUUCUAUUAAGUUUCCUCACAACACCAAUUGGUUCUAUUCUAGGACAAUUGAAUGGCAAUUUUUCUCUAGGAUGUGUGGAAAAUUUGCACACAAGUGUGAAAGAAUUCAAUCCUUCAUGGUUCAUAAGGCCUUUAGGUAAUCCCUUACCAAAUCCAAAAGUGGCUCCUCAAUUUGGUUGCAUGAAGCAACCACUAAUAAAUCUUUGUGAAGAAAAAGCUCCUACUUAUUGGUAUGGUCAUGGUGUGAUUAAAAAUCAUAUUUGUUAUUCCAAUGUGAAUGGAGUGGUAUCAAAGCAAAAACGUUUUGUAAAAAAUCCAGAAGCAAUGAAGCUUUUUGAUCCAAGAUCACCUAAUGGCACAAUUGAAUCUGCCUUGGGAUUUGUAAAGAGGCCAUCAUUAUUUAUUGUGUGGGAUGAUUUGCAAGUGACACCAUUUGCAAAUACUUCUAGCAUAUCAUUUUUGCACAAGAUGAAUGUACCAUUGGAUGAUUUGGAGGAGCAUAUAGUGAGUAUUGGAGAAACAGAGGCACUGAACCUGUUGGGAGCUUCUUUGACUUCUUCCAAAGAGGCUUUGACAGAAGGCUUGUUCUACCUCCUUAUGAAGAAUCCAAAGGAAGAAGUUACAGCUUGAAUUCAUCAGUUUGUGAACUCUGAAUGUAUUUCUUAUAUUUGUAUCUUGAAUUUGAUUCAUAAUGAGGCAUAUCAGUUUAUUGUGUCAUUUUAUUUGAACAUGAUAAUGUCAUUAGAAUAAUAAGUUGAAGGUUAUUAAAACUUCAUAAUUCUUACAAA